ACGUCACUCAACCGUCAAUCAAAGUAUCCUACCAAAUCAAUUUGGGGACGAUAUGUUCAUCAUUGAAUGUCAAACACAGUUAUUUUCCUUGAUUUGGUGGGUUUCUGAGAGAAAGAAGAAUUGAAAUGGGGAGGUUGUUUGUGUUAACUCUGGAGGGAAAGGUGUAUAGCUGCAAGCACUGUGGAACACAUCUCGCUCUUGCUGACCACAUCGUCUCCAAGUCUUUCCACUGCAAACAUGGGAAGGCUUAUCUCUUCAGUAAGGUAGUGAAUAUCACUUGCGGCCCUAAUGAAGAGAGGAUGAUGACGACUGGAAUGCACACUGCUGCAGACAUUUUCUGUGUUGGGUGUGGGUCCAUUGUUGGCUGGAAAUAUGAAACCGCUCAUGAGAAGGAUCAGAAGUAUAAAGAAGGAAAAUCUGUCCUUGAACGGUUUAAGAUUAUCGGUCCUGAUGGAAGCAGCUACUGGGGCAGUCAACGAGUUGGUCCUGAUUAUGUCUGAUCAAAUCUCUCAAGUUCAUAUUCUAUCCCCUAAUUUGUACAUUCUCUGCCCACACCAAGUUCCUGUUCUUUUAACUGAAGAACUAUCAACUGUGAUCUGUAAUUGGUUGUCCCAUGCUUCGGAUAUUUGAACUGUGUAUAUAAUUAUCAAGUUGAACUCUCUAUGUACAUUCUUUACCCACACGGCCACACCAUGUUCCUGUUCUUUUAAAUGAAAUAAAUACUCCCAACUCCCAAGUGUGCUCUUGCUUCAGAUAGUUGUUGCUUAAACCUUUGAACUCUGUGUAUAUUAAUAUUAAGUUGAUCUAUAAACCAUUCUACCAAUUUGUUUAUCCCAAUCUAUGUAACUUAAAUACAAGCAAAACAAGUGUUGUCCCAUAUUAAUAUAUAACUCUUUAAGCC